GAGCAAUCGAAUUGAGGAGGAGAAAAGAGGCGCAUCAUCCUUUCAGUCCCAUGACGAUGCCCUCAUCAGCUGUAGUCCUCAGCUCAUCUGUAGUGCUGGUCCUGGUCGUUGUUUUGUCAAUCAGUCACGUCACACAGUCCCUGCCCUACUCAGGGCACAAGGGAUACCUGACAGAUAUUGAGAAUGACGCAGAUCCAGAACUGAUGUUGGAAAUUCUAACCCGACUGGGACAGACUAUCAUGAGAGCUAACGAUCUUGAAAACUCCAAGCGUGGUCUAGACCUGGGUCUGUCCCGUGGGUUCUCUGGGUCCCAGGCAGCCAAACACCUGAUGGGCCUAGCCGCCGCCAACUACGCCGGGGGUCCUGGACGACGACGGCGUGAAGUCCCACAGCCCCUGACUGUAUAAGCUAGCCCUGCGCUACCUUCACUCCAGCUCUAUUUGCAAUGUUGUUGUUCACCUUUUUAAACUAACUGUCGAUAUUUUGUUGUGAAUGAGCUUAAUCGGGACCUUUUUGAUCCCACUCUUAAGAUCACAAUACUUUUUUCUGUUUUCUAAAUAAUGUUUACUAUCGUACUACCUUAAAAAGGUGAUUGUUAUGUGUACUGUCCUUUUCUUGAACAAAAUUGUAUCAUCUCAUCCUUGAAAUCUUGAAAAAAAUACGGCUGCACUUUACGUCCUACACUCAUUCGAAUGAAAAUAUCGAUUAUUCGAUUGUUUCAUUCGAUAUAUCGUUUGGUUAAUUAGGUUAGGUUAACCUUACCUAACUAACCAAACGAUAUAACUUAUCGAAUAAUCGAUAUAUCGAUCGAUAUUUUCAUUCAAAUGAGUGUAUGACAGUGUAAAGUGCAGCCAAAUUUACAGUUUGACUAAGUUAGUCUUGUUUAGUGCCCCAAAAUAUUAAUUCACUUAUUUUCCAGUAAUUCAUGUAUUAUCCUUUUUCAUGUGUAAAAAUGUCGACUCGGGGAAGGGGGUAUUUAAAAGCAUAUUACAUUAAUUUUACACAUUGUUAAUCAAAAUGAUCUUAAGAGUGUGGUCACUAUAAGACCCUUUCAAAAAAUGAGGACAUUUUCACGUUGUGUUCUCUUUGAUGCAUGUGCACAGUAAAAUCGGUGUUUUGUAACAAAAACGUGAUUAUUUAUUUGUAAAUAUAGAAAUUAGUUUUAUUUUAUUUCUCUCAAAUCUUUCUCGAGCCAAUCGAAAUUUUCUAAUUAUCGUAGCGCCCUGUAACCCCUCAUGUGAUUGUUAGACGAAAGCUGAUUCUUUUUUUAUUAUCUUUGGUGUCACGAAUAGCAAUUUAUUCUUAAAGAUAGUAGUGUGAUUAUUUUUAUAGAUGUAAAAUACAUAAUGUAAUAAUAAACUUAUAGAUGAA